AUUAAUUAUGUGGGCUCCCAUUCUCCUGCUGCUACUUUUAUUAUCAACACCCACAUUUACUAAUAACCGUUCUAAUAAUAUUAAUAACACUAUACAGUACUAGAUUACAUCGUGUACAUAUCCGCACAUCAAUUUUUCAUUUCUCUGUUUUCCUUCCUCGUGAAAAGCGGCUCCUUCCAUGGCUGUAGCUCAUCCUGUCGGUUAUUAAUAUGUAACAGCAGGUCUUCCAGUAGGACCGGCCCCUGUCUAUUUGUGUAUGCGUGAUACUCUCAGCCCACUCGCGCAGCGCGUUCCUCGCCAGCAGCGGAUGCAGAGAGGCGCUUGCAAACACAGGGUCACCUUCUGUCACUGCUACGAGAGAGACAAGCCCCCAACGGCUCCCGGUCCGGCUGGAUUACCCCAAACAGUGACAGCUUCAAGCAGCAGGGUUUCGUGAAGAAGAGCGCCUCCUGGGGUUGAUGGAAGCCUGACGUUCCCACGGUGAGAAGCGCAUGAAGAUCCCAGCCCUAGUGCAGACACUUCCAACUUCCAGCUGCCUCUCCCAAAUCCAGGAAAAUGUCUGGCUCCUACGAUGAAUCUGCUAGUAUUGAAGAGACCACGGACAGCUUUUGGGAGGUGGGGAACUACAAGCGUGCGGUGAAGAGGAUCGAUGAUGGCCACCGGCUCUGUAACGACCUGAUGAACUGUGUCCAGGAGCGUGCCAAGAUCGAGAAAGGCUACGCACAGCAGCUCACCGAUUGGUCCAAGAGAUGGAAACAGCUGGUUGAGAAAGGGCCUCAGUACGGCACUCUGGAGCGGGCCUGGCUGGCCAUAAUGACGGAGGCGGACAAGGUGAGUGAGCUUCACCAGGACGUGAAGAAUGGACUCCUCUCUGAGGACUUGGAGAAGGUGAAGAACUGGCAGAAGGACUCUUACCACAAGCAGAUCAUGGGCGGCUUCAAGGAGACCAAAGAGGCUGAAGACGGCUUCAGGAAAGCACAGAAGCCCUGGGCCAAGAAACUCAAAGAGCUGGAGACAGCCAAGAAGGUUUACCACAUGGCCUGCAAGGAGGAGAAGCUGGCCGCCGCCCGCGAGGCCAACAGCAAGGCAGAGGCCUCGGUCACUGCGGACCAGCAGAAGAAGCUGCACGAGAAGCUGGACAAGUGCAAGCAGGAUGUCCAGAAGGCCAGGGAGAAGUACGAGAAGGCGCUGGACGAGCUGAACAAGUGCACACCCCAGUACAUGGAGAACAUGGAGCAGGUGUUCGACCAGUGCCAGCAGUUUGAGGAGAAGAGGCUGUGCUUCCUCAAGGAGGUACUGCUUGACAUUAAGCGCCACCUCAACCUCACUGAGAACCAAAGCUAUGCCAAUGUGUACUGGGAGCUGGAGAACACCAUCCGCACUGGAGACGCUCAGGAGGAUCUGAAGUGGUUCAGCAACAACCAUGGCCCCGGCAUGCCCAUGAACUGGCCCCAGUUUGAGGAGUACAACCCUGACCUGACCCACACCAUCACUAAAAGAGAUAAGGUUAAAAAACCGAAUGAAGGAGUGACCUUGACUAAUGUCACCCCUGGAGUGGAGCAUGUGGCACAGGCUGGUGACAGGGGCAGCGUGAGCAGCUACGACAAGAACCAGACCUACUCGGCUGAGUGGUCCGAUGAGGAGCCCGCCAACCCCUUCACUGGCAACGAGACCAACGGGGGCGCCAACCCCUUCGAGGAGGAGUCGGCCAACAAAGGGGUGCGCGUGCGGGCGCUGUACGACUACGACGGGCAGGAGCAGGACGAGCUGAGCUUCAAAGCUGGGGAUGAGCUGACCAAACUGGAAGACGAGGACGAACAGGGCUGGUGUAAAGGUCGUCUAGACAACGGCCAGCUCGGCUUGUACCCAGCCAAUUAUGUGGAGUCCAUAUAAUCACCUGAUCAGAGGACGCCCAAUCGGAGGCAGCUCAGACAGUACCGUCCAAUCGUACCGCAGAUAGCCAGAGACUUCAGAGCAUCUCUUCCCUUGUCAGACUGACAAACCAAGCAGUCUUAACAAAACACAACCUUAGUCAUUUAAAAGAAGACUACGUAUUUAUCCACUGUGGAGGAGGGGGAUUUAAAAGAACAAAAGAGAACCAUAUAUAUAUAAAUACCAUCCUAAAUGCAAGUGCAGGGAAUCGUUUUGCAUUUUUGUGUAGCUGUGUUCAAUAUGAAUUUCGUGCAGCUGAUAUGACAUUUGUGUAGCGGUUUGUUCUCCUAUACAAUAUGAGUAUUAUGUAGUCGAUGACACUUGUGUAGCCAGAAUGAGCUAUGCAAUGUGCAUUGUGUAUUUUUGAUGACAUUUUGUGUAGCAGUCUUGAUGCUAUGCGUAACACAGUCCUCAUUCUUGCAUUGGUAAUCUGUUGUGUAGCGAUGAAAUGCUAUACAAUGUUUUCUUCCGUGGUUUGGUUACAUUCCUGUUAGCGGUAUGUGAUAUACAAUGUGUUGUUUUUUUUUUUCUUGUGUUUAAUUCCGGUUCGGUAGCAGCAUGUGCUACAUGAUACUCAUUCUGUGCAUUUCAAGAACUUUAUCUCAAGCAGCAUUUACACAGCACACACAAAACAGUGUCGGGCAUCCCUGAGGCCACACUGCUGAACAGUAAUUCACUGCUGCAUUGUAGUACCUGGAAAUACCCUUUCAAUUUCUGUUGAGCUAUUGGGAGAACAUUUCUCCAACACAGCGCACAGGGGAUCCCAGUUGUUUUCUUUCUUCAUCCUUUUUUAUAUGCUGUAUAUGUGCUUGGCUUUUUUUUUCCAGUUUUUAGUUGCUGUGUUUUUAUUUUCAAGUGAACGCUUGAGAUCAUUCUUUAAAUGGUUUAAUGUUAAGGGAGAGGUGCCGUAAGAGAAGAAUUUGGGUUCUUUUCAAUCUUUGGUGAUUUUUUUUUCAUAGCAGCUGUCUUAGAGUAAGGUUCCAGCUGAUUUAUUGAUGAAUUGUCACCCGCUGGUUGGGGUUUGGGGUUUGGGGGUUGGGGGAGACUUUGUUUCAGAGUUGGAAUAGUCUCUGGCUUUGAAAGCCUCAUGAGGGGCUGAAGCCACAAAUUCAGCAUGCUGAGAGUCAGGCUGUUCUUGGCACCCUGCAGGCUGUGACUCCUGGUCCGCCGGAGAGGCACGGCCGAGCUGUGUUUCUCUUUCAUUGUUCAACACCAGCGUUUAGUCCAUCACUUUAACAGAAAGCAUAACUCCAUGACUCUGUUGUCAUUCUGUUCUUUUAAAUAGAAGAUAGAACCCCCUUCCCCCUUCCCCUGCCUGCAGGCUUUUGUGCAUUGAUUUAACAAAAAGGCUUUGAUUUGAUCUCCUGGGUGCGUUUUUACCCUUUAAUUUGUUAACAUGGAAAUUCUGUUCUUUCCUGUAAAUGGUCCUGUUCCCUUCCAGGCUGCUGGGGGCUCCUGCGUGUUGCUCACUUGAGUAAAACGUGCUCGUCCUCUUCAGAUGGAGGUGCCAGAAUUAAACCGAAAUCUCUUUUGAACAGAAAUCAUGACGAAUUUGUGUUAAACCACAGACUACUAAAUAACCGACCCCCUUACAAAACAAUGUCCCAUCCAUUUGCAGUAGGAUAGGACAAGUAGCAGUCCUUCUUGCACGAGCUCAGAUUGUACCUCUCAGACAUGAACACACGGGAACACAAUGUCCUCACACUGUCUUCCACUUAGACGCCGAUCAAAAAGGGAAAGAACUGCAAUUUUUUAAAUAGUACGCACGCACAAAAAAAGGGUAAGUAGCAAGAAAUAGAAUAACACAUAACAGCCUAAGCAAAACUGAGCCAAAGAGAGACUUUAACAGCCCACAAACCACCUGCCCUUGCAGCACUCCUAACACCUCUUAACCAUGGCUGACAGAAGACUGAGUCCCCCAGAAUACUCUGUGGAAUGCUGAGACUGGAACUCUCUGUGACUUUUAAAGCAAGCAAACUGUACUCCAUUCUUUGUGCUGCAGGAUGCAUCCCGUUUAAUUAAAUACAGUUCCUUGCUGGGUGCGAGAAUCAAAGUUGUUCAAAGGCACAGGAUUUUGUCUGAUCUGCAAUUGCUCUUUUACUGUUUUGCUUUUUACCUUUGCAACCAGCACAGCUGGUAGCUGCUGAAUGUGUCUAAGAGGGUUGUCAAAAACUGAUCCAUCUAUAAGCAUAUAAGCAUACUGUAACUUCUAACUCAUUUCCCCAAUGCACAAUUAUAUCUUUUAAAUCAAUACCUCUCUUCUUAACCUAACUUCAGUACUGUAUUGAAUGUUCUUUCAUUUUUUUUUGUGACGGAUUUAUGGCUCAGAGCGCAUUUCAGAUCUCCCAUGAAGUCCUCUUGUAGUUCUGGUGAGUAAAUCCUACCAGCUUUUAAUUAUCAGGGGAAAAAAAAUCUCAAAAUCCAAAAUAUUUGCAGAGAAGCGUGUAUUUCAAAAUUCAGACUUAUUCUGUUGUUCAUCGGAAUAUGAAGGCACUUACAAAAGAAGAUUCCUGUCACUAUGAAACUUUGCUCACUCACAAAGCUGUAUUACAAGCUGUACCAUAUAACCUUUUUUGUCAAAAAAUCUGAAAAUAUACUAUAAGAUGCUUUUCUUCAACUUUACAAUAUAUAGUACUACAGGACUCUAAACUGCAUGGUUCAAUAAUGUGAAUAAGGAUUAUGUACUGUAUGGGUUCGAUACCUCUUAUUCCUAUACGUUGGCACAGCUUAAUAAUUACUUUCUACUUGAGCUCAUUUAACUCUAGCUGACGAGUAGUGAGAGUGGAUCAUUAUAAUUGGAUAAUAACACAAGGAUGAAACUCAAGUUCUAAAAAACGGAAAUUGUUCAGAAUUGUUUUUGUACUUAGUCCUUUCUCAUUGUAAUUUAUUUCUAUUUUUUAGUUGGUUUCUACCUGAGCUUUUGUGUCUUUUUUAAGUAGUUCAUCUUGAGGUGUCCAGUUUUUCUCCAAAGGCAGAAAUUAUUUUACAGAUGUAAAACUGAAAACAAUGUGCUCGUAUUUGAACAAUAAGCCUUUACCAGCAUAAAUGAGAAGAUCCAACUUUAAUACAAGACACAGAGCAAAAUGUUCCCUCUUGCGCAGUUUAAUUUAAAUGUUUAAUACCUCUGCUGUUUGUUAAUUUCUUACAAAUGGCAUUGGAGGUUUCAGACCAGAUUCUCCUAUGAUUUCACAGGUAUGAAAUAAAAUGCAGUACUUUUAAUAUUGGUCAUUUUUAAGAUAUGGAAAAAGACCAAACCUCAUAAUUGUUGUGCCUGUUAUAACUGUUUUUGGUUAAAUGCAGUUGCUAGAUUGUGUCAGAAGGCUAUAAGACUUGAAGUAACAGUACUGAAUUAACACCCCAUAGAUUCAAGUCUGAGUUUCAGUAUUACUGGCCCACAAUAUUCACGUUGGAUAAGAUAUUUUGAUACCAAAGUAGUUUGUUUUACUUAAACAUUCACAACAGAUUUUCAACUUAUAAUCGCUAUUUAAUAAUAAUAAUGUCUUUUAAUACUUAUAACCCCUGUUAGUUUAUUUGAAUGUACUUUGCUAGAUUUGCAUGUAGAAAUUUUGGCUCUAUCUGUCUCAGCAUAUCUGCAUGUGAAGAAAAUAAUACAGCUUCCAGGUUUUAACUGCCCAUUAAGAGGCACAUCCUUCCUGACUGUAGCCUUGAGAUGUGGUUCACAGUCUUCCCCCAGUGUCACAGAGAAACUAGUUACGUGUAAAACGUGAAUGUAAAGUGAUUCUAUUUUUCUGUAACUGUAACUGAGUACUGUAUAAUAGUCACUCCCACAGUACUCUCUGUAUAUCUGCAUUCACAGUACAGGGUUGGACACCAUUGUAACCUGAAUGCUGAAACUGUAGAGAUUAUAAAAAACAACAGACUCCUUUCUUGGUGUCAGUAACAAUUAGUUCCACGAUGUCUUUUUGCAGCAAGUGUUAUGGUUUGGCACUGCUGAAAAGGAGGAAAUCUAUGAUCUGAGCCCUCGUUUCGCCCAGAUUUCUCAUGACACCAGCCCGUACAUACGUCUUAGUCCCCACUUUGAGUCCGGCCUAACAAACUCAGUGCACUUCAAAGGGUCCUGCUCUCCAAUACACACAGACAGAACCAAAAUCUGGGAUCAGAACCUGGGAAGAAAGGAAUAACGCAGUGUUCUUAAUGUCUAUGUCGGUUCUGCGUACUUUUAAAAAAACGUGAUUGCUUCAUCGGCAAAAUGCGAGCAAAUAUAUGAUCAAGUGAACAGAUUAAAAACAGAAGUCUUUACUUGAAUAUACAUAUGCUGUAUGAAAUAAAUCAGGAGAAAAACAAAACAGUAGGUUCCAUAGUGUAUUUAUUUUUAAUUUGUUUCAAAUGCAAUUGUGAACCUAUAAGGGCAAGCGAUGGUCUCACGCUUUCUCAGAUUUGUAUAUGAUGAUGUAAUUUAAAGAAUAUAUUAUAUUGUAACUGUACAACUGUGGGGGAUAUCACAAAACCUUGACAGAAGUGAAGCGUCAAAGAGAGAUGUAUAUGUAAAUGCUUUUUUAAUUUUGGUGUUUCUUUGUUUUUUGGGGGGAGGGGGGGGGCAAUGUUGUGAAAAUCUAUUUUAGCAGUCUAGAACCUGUAUGUAUGUUUAGAUUUAGUGCUGUAAUCUUGAAACUUCCCAGCUGGUGUAGUGCCUGUUCAUCUUACGGUUAGAAGAUCAAUACGUUGGAAAAAAAACUACGAAUAAUGGAUAUAAAUUAUAACGAAUAAAACUGGAUGAAAGUUGUCGUGACGAUGUCAAAGCAAUAUUGGUCUGAAAGAAAAAAAUGGUUUGUGGUGAAGACGAA